UACCUAGCCUCGUCGCGCCGACCACCGAAAACAGUUGCUUUCUUCUUUGUGAACUUCUUCACCUAGUAACUUGCACAUCUUUUUUUUUUCUCUCUUGGGACUUUGAUUCUUUAUUGUCACCUACACUGUCAUUUUUCGCUCAAUUAACCACCCAUCCCCAUGGUGUUAGAUGACUUGAGCAACUGUUACAUUCACGAUUGAUCGUUUAACUCAUCAAUUCUCUCGAGUUAAUCAGAUCCAUUUCAUCAAUCACUCCUUGACAUAUUUCUUUUUCAUCUCUUCCAACUUCUUUUACAUUUUACAUCACCUUAUCACGUCCUAAUUUUCCACAUUCUUUUUCUACACCUUUCUCCGAGACGAUCACCUACCAUCAACUAAUAUUUUCCAUUACAACCAAUCGUCAAACCCCCAUCCGCUCCAUCUCUCCCUUUCUCUACGCGAUCCGAAACUUCAACAUCACCGAAUAUCCCUGUACUCUCUCUGAUGGCCAUAUCGUAGUCAAGUAUUUGACAACAUGGCUGCUGCAGAGGUAGACCUCGGCUACCUGGCUACCCAUCUGGGUAUGCCCGAGGCAAAUCUCACGACUGUCACCACCGAUCCUACUGCCGACUUGGUUAAAGCGGUUCUGGCCGCCGUUGCCGCUAAAGGAUAUGAAUACGACGCACUAUUUACCCAGAAACUUCAGCUGGAAGUUGAAUUUGAGACCUCUGUUCGAAGCGCCGAAGCUCAACGAGAUGCAAGCAACGAGACAGCUAAAAAGGCGCUGAAAGAUGUUGAGGAUCUUCGUCAAAAGCUCAAGGAUGAAGAAACAAAGCGCCAGAAUUUGGAAAACGAACUACAGUCAAUCAAGUCGUCAAGCUCUACUUCUAGUUCUGAAAUCGACAAACUCCGUGCCCGUAUCGCCUCCCUAGAGACUUCCAACCGAGAAUCACUUGCGAUCAUCGAUACCAAGAAUUCCGCAAACGAAGCACUAUCCCAAGAACUACAGGCUCAACACCAGAAAAACCUGAAGCUAGGCCAAGAAAUUACGGCGUUACAGCAAUCCGUCCAGAAUGCGAACAAUGCAGCCAACAGCUCCAAAUUCCGAGAACAGUCACUACAGCAACAACUACAAUUAGCUCAAAGCAGUAGCGACUUUUUUGAGAAGGAGCUGAAGACUAAGUCGGCCGAGGCACUCAAGUAUCGAAAGGAGAAGGGGGCGCGCAUUGCCGAGCUGCAGCGUCUAAACGAUGAUUCCACCUCCAAUAUCGACUCUCUUAAGCGUACUGAGCAGCAACUUCGCAAACGGCUGGACGAAGCCCAGAAGAAAGUUGACGAUUCACUUACAAAAAUACAGCAGCUACAAGAAGCUGCAGGCCGUAAAGAAGAAGAUUUUAGACAGGAAUGUGAUAGUCUUCGGCGAUUGGUGGAUUUGAAAGAGCAGCAGACUGAUACAUAUAAGAAACGAGUUCAAGAGGUUGAGGCGAGAGAGGAGCAGGUGAAGCGGGAAUGUGAAGAAAGCGUCCGCAAGGUCAACGAAGAAAUUGCCCGAGCUAACUCUGACAAAGAAGAGCUUUCUCAAGCGAUUGAGUCCUCUCGUGACGAGAUCGGUCGCCUGGAGGCUAUGAUUGCGGGUGGUAGUCCAGCCCGACCUGGAUCUACGCCUCAGACUCCGCGGCCCACGAAUGGAUCAGUAUACCGUCUAGGGUCACCAUUUGCGACACCAGCCUCUACACGUAAAUCCCUCUCGACUACUCAAUUAAUGGAGGAUUAUUAUAAAAUCAAGGGACAAUUGAACGCUGAGAAGAUCCGUAGCGGUAAUCUCGCAAAGGAGUUGGACGAUGUUAUUGAUCAAUUGGAAGCCAAACGUCCAGAGCUUGAAGAGCUUCAAGCCGAUAACGACCGACUACAACAAGAAAUGAAGAACAUGUCACAGCUUUCAGACGAGAGUUUCCGCGAGCGGGACAUCGCUAAGAAGGCUGCACGGAAGGCUGAAGCCAUAGCCGCGGAUGCGGAAAAGAGGAACACUCUCCUGCAAUACGAAGUGAAGAGUCUUAGCGCACAGAUCCAGAUGCUCACAUUCAGCGUACACUGUCUCGAGAAAGGUCUGGAUCAACUCUCGUCAGAUGAGAAAUUGAUCCUGCAAAGGCUAGAGAGGGGCCAGUUUACUGGUCUUGUCGACGGAGAGGAGCAAAACGCGCAUACCUCCAUUCUUGAACGACUAGUCGUUUUCAAAAAUAUCCAGGAACUCCAACAACGAAACGAGCAACUCCUUCAGGUUACCCACGAUCUUGCCGAGAAGAUGGAGAAUGAAGAAGCAGUCGCAGCAAAGAGUCAAGCAAUGGAGGACCACAAAGAGCGAAUUCGACUAGAGCAGGAACUUGAGGUAUUUAGGGACACUCUUAGGGGCUUCCAAGUAAAGACGGAAAGUAUCACGAAAGAGAGAGACAUGUUCCGCCGCAUAGUUGAGUCGAGAGCAUCCGCCGAUGAUGUGGCUUCGGCUUUAGGUCGCUCGACACAAGAGAACGUUUUUGCUAGCAUCGAGCAGAACACCACCGCAAUCGAUGAUGGGUCUGAUUACACCACUUUACUUCGAGAUUUGCAGCAAAACUUCGACACCUACCGAAACGAGCAGACUACCGAUAGGAAGACAAUGAAGGAGCAACUAGAGAGAUUAGCUGCAGACAGGAAUUCCCUCCAAGCGGAAGUCUCCAGGGUGCAGAGUCAGCUCACCCUUGCGUCGGAGCGAUACGAAAUUCUCCACUCCAAUUUCACGGCCGUGCAAAAUGAGAAUAGGGAGCUGCAAAACCGAAACCAGGCGAUGUCCGAAUCGGGUGCCAAGCAAGACAUUCGCACACAGCAGGUGGCUGAAGAUCUUGUUGAGGCGAGGGGAUUGCUUGAGAGUAUGCGCAGCGAAAACGCGAAUCUCAAAGCCGAGAAGAAAUUAUGGAAGGAGAUCCAAGAUCGAUUAAGCCAGGAUAACGAGAGUCUGAUGCAGGAGAAAUCGCGUCUCAAUGGACUUCUAGCUACACAACAAACCCUCCAGAAUGAACGCGAGUUGAGCGAUUCUGAAACGAAACGACGGCUUCAAUCUCAAAUUGAUUCCCUUCAAACCGAGUUGAACGCCACCAAACGAAAAUUAACCGACGAGGUUGAAGAGGGGAAGAAGGCUCAGCUUCGGAAGGAAUUCGAUGCUCAGCAGUUCCAAAAGCGAAUCGACGAGCUCACCUCAAAUCUCAGUCAGAUACGAGAAGAACUGGUUGCUACAAAGACCGGACGUGAUCAUCUCCAGAGUAGAGUUGAUGAGCUCACCAUCCAACUUCGGAGUGUAGAGGAACGCGCGGAGAGGCUUCAGCCAAGACCUACUCCAAGGCCAGGGUCUAUGGUCGCUACAUUGGAACAAGAUACCACGCAGGCUGAUACCGAUGAGCGCAUACAGGAUUUGAUUCAUGAAGUCACGGAUCUCAAGCGUGAUCUUGAGAUGACCAAGUCACACUUAGAGAAUGCCCAGGCACAAAGUGAAAGGUACAAGGAAAUGAGUCAAUCCUCAGAGGAGGAACUGGAGCGGAUGAACUCUGCGCAAGAGCAAUAUCAGGUAGAAAUGGAUGCAGCGAUUUCGGCCAAGGAUGCAACAAUCAAAGAACUCGAGCAGCGAGUGGAGGAUUUGUCCAUAGAACUGGCAAGAUCUAACAGCGAAUUGUCGACUCUACGUGACUCCCAAGCAGAGAUUGCCAAGCGAUUUGAGGAUGAGAAGGCUCUUCUAGAUGAAGAGAUCAAGCGCCUAAGAGACGAGGAAGAAAGAUAUACUGCAUCCUCGCAAUUUCACCAACAAGAUCUUCGCGCCCAGGCCGAAAUUGCAGCCCACGCCCAGCAAGCAUACGAAAGCGAAGUAAUGAAACACGGAGAAACUGCAAAGUCGCUAUCCAAUCUACGCGGCGAGUAUAACCAGGUUAAGACUUCUGUGGCAACCUGGAAAGCAGAAGCCGAAUCAGCAAAGGCUACACUGGUGCAGAGCGAAGCAUCCUGGGAUGAGCGGCGCCAGCGAUUCGAACGAGAAAUUUCGGAGCUCCGUGCUCGCAGAGACGACGCUAAUGCGCAGAACAAGCUUCUGCAUCAACAACUAGAAGAUGUAACCACGCAAGUUGCGGCCCUACAGCAAAGUCGAAGCGCAAGUGGUGAAUCCCUUGAUGCCAUCGCAUCACAGCCCAGCAGUUCAGAUACUGACAAGUUCCGGGAACUGAGCAACUAUCUUCGUCGCGAGAAAGAUAUUUUAGAGGUGCAAUAUGACCUCAAGGUACAAGAGGCCAAGAGGCUUCAACAGCAGCUAGAGUAUAUGCAAUCUCAACUGGACGAAGCUAGGUUGAAGCUGGAGCAGGAGCGUCGUUCACAAAGCGAUGGUGACCGAAGCUCCAUUGCCCAUAAAGACCUUAUGAGCAAGUUGGAAGAACUGAAUCUCUUCCGCGAAAGCAGCGCCGCUUUGCGGGCAGAGGCACGUCAAGCACAGGCCCAGCUAGCUGAGAAAAUUACUAGAAUCUCGGAGCUAGAGGCGACUAUCCAACCGCUUGAGGCUCAGGUUGAGGAACUUCAAAGCCAACAGUCAUUCAAGGAAGCCGAGAUGAAACAACUGCAUGAGGAUCGCGACCGCUGGCAAAAGCGCACAGAAGAUAUUCUUUCAAAGCAUGGCAGAACGGAUCCAGCAGAAGUUGAGGAGCUCAAGCAGACAGUAGCAACGCUUGAAUCGGAACGAACUGCAUUGCAGGAAGCCGAAGCGCCUCUCAAGCAGAAGAUACAGGAGCUUGAGAAGAUCAUUGCAGAUAAGGAGACAGGUUGGUCAACGACACGAGAGAAGCUCAUAAAUUCGGCCAAGGAGCGAUCUCGCAAUCUCACCAAUGCGAAAAACGAGGUUGUCGUCGAAAGGGACCAGCUUCAGGCCAAGCUAGGCGAAGUCUCGGGUCAGCUCUCAACGACCCAAGGGGAGCUUGAGGCCUCCAAAAAAUCAAGGCUUGCUUUGGAAGAACAAAUUAACAACUUCAGACGACAAGUUGAAGCACUACAAACAGAGGCACGAAAGAACUCUAGCAACUCUAUCACAACAGACUCGUCCAGCAAUGAGGCACUGGUCGCUCUUCAGGCGCAACUGGCCGAGGUUCGCGCUGAGUUGAAUAAUAUUUCAUCGCAGAAAGCCAUUGUUGAUGGGGAAUUGCAAAGUACCCGUGAUCAGCUAAAUUCAGCAAUCGCGGAACGAGAUCAGGCUAUCGCUAAUGCGCAAACCCGAACGACUAAUGGUGACACGACAAUGGAGAAUGGGACCGCUGCUGCGGAUGAGAGGCCAUUAGCAACGCCGCUAUCUGAUGACGAGCGGAAAGCUCUAGAAGAGAAAAUAGCUGAGGCGAUAGCUAAUGCUGCUAAAUGGGAAGCCAAGGCCGCAGAAUUGGAGGAAAAACAGGAGCAGAUUGUGAAGAUGAGGAGUGAUAAGAUGAAGGAAUCAUUGAAUAAACGCCUCACAGAUUAUAAAGCCCAGAUGGAGACGGAGAAAGCCCAAGCCAAACAAGAUAUCGAGAAACUCCAGUCCGAUUUUAAGCUGCGUAUGGAGCAAGAGCGAAAGAUUUGGGAAGCAGAGCAUGCCAAUGAUCCUAGCGACACGAAACCACCGGCGACCCCCUCUCGGCCACAUCCCACUGAAACGCCAGCAGGAACACCUUCAACGGAUCUCAGUGGACUAAACGACAAGGAAAUCAGGGAUCUCGUUUCCACUAAUCCUACCAUCAAGAGCAUCAUUCAGAAUAACAUUAAGAAUAAGCUUGCGGUGGAAACCAAAAAGGUACGAGAGGAACAAGAAGCUAUAAAAACGGAGUGGGAACAGAAGGUUACCCAGGCUCGAGAACAAGCCAUGCAGCUCGCCACCUCAAAGAGUAACCUUAAGCUUAACAUGACCGAGAAGAGAGUCCAGGCUGCUGUUGCCAAAUUAACUGUGGUAGAGACGGCUGCAAACCAAACGCCACAGCGGCCCGUAGGCGAGGUCUGGGAGAUUGCAAAGGAUGCAAAACCACCACCGCCAGCUCCUAAGCCAACUACCACCGAAUCAACAGUAGCAACAGCACCAGCAGCAGCGACUCCAGCACCGGCAGCAGCGAUUCCAGCACCGGUGGCGGCACCAGCGGUAGCAGAUGCCUCGGCGACCCCCAGCUCCCAGCCUGCGAUUGCUAACGCCAGUACGAAUUUUCAAAAUGCAAAAGCGAUUCCGACGAGUGGCAUUCCUAAACCUGGAGCAAUAUCCAAUAACGUCCCGGUACAAAAUAAUCCAUUCGCAAACAUCAAGCAAGAGCAUUCGCACUUGGCACCGACAGGUCCAACCAAUCCGUUUGGACAGCCUACAAAUUUGCCGGCACCCCCGUCGGGACCAACAGGAGCAUCACAACUUCCGGCAAAGGUCACUGGUCUGCCAAUGCCAGCAACGGGCAUUCGGAAGCCGGGUGGUCCUAAUCAGACUCGUGGCGGCGGUCGCGGAGGCCAAGCUAACCGCGGAGGCCGCGGCAGUGCACAGGGUCGUGCUAGUCUUAACCCGACAGCUGAAAACUUCCAGUCUGGAAAUAAACGUACUCGAAGUGACUCGGACAUGGGUGGUGGUUCAAAGAGACCGCGAGGUGGUCCUCCGCAUUAGUAUCCGCGAGGUCCCUAUAGGCGAUGAAGGACAUGGGGGUUACUAUCCAGUCGUAACCAGCAAGUCUCCAUACUUAGACAAUAGCUACUAUUGCUUUCUCUUCAUAAAUGUAUCAUAAUGGCGGACGAAUCCAAAUUUCGUGUUAAUUUGCUGGGCAUGGGGUGUUCCUUUUUUAGCCGUAGCUCGAAGAAGGAUUAGGUUAGGUCAGUGGGAAAAUUUGAGGCGUUGGCAUUGUUGCGGUAUCAUUAGCAAGUGGCCACCUUAUACGUACGUCUAUGGUAUGAAAUUUAUGCACAUCUAUCUCCUUUGUCCAUGCCUUCGUGUUCUGGAGACUGCUCCGAUGCGAGGCACGAUGUACUUGUAAAUAGGUAUGUACAGUACCUAUAUUACGACAGAAAUCAUUUUAACUCUACAACGUGAAAAGAAAUGAAAAACAAAUUACUGCAUACAAAUUUCAAAAAGAAUGUAAAGGGUAAGAAGAAGGAAAGGGGAACAAAAAAGAUAAUUCAAACGGAUUUUAGUACGCGACAUUGGCCCGAUUCGAACGGACGCUCCCGAAGGAACAAGAUUUCUAGUCUUGCGCGUUAGACCACUCCGCCACAAUGCCUU